ACUAUCAGUGCCUGCUUGUUUGUGCCUCCAUGAAGCGCAUGCAUCUCCCCCUCGAACCAAUGUUUGUAAACACAGAAAGGGAAGUUAGUGACUUCGUGCGUUGCAAACAGGAAGUGUAUCACUUUAAACUGAAUGCGCCGCAGAACCAGAAUCAAACUGCACUUUAGUGUCCAUGAUGCUCUAAAAUAAAAAUAACCCUUCUAAUCGUAUUGGAUUUAGAAACCUACAAAAAUGAACUACAUGCCAGGAACAGCCAGCCUCAUCGAAGAUAUCGAUAAAAAACAUCUUGUCCUGCUUAGAGAUGGAAGAACAUUAAUCGGCUUUCUCAGAAGUAUAGAUCAAUUUGCAAACCUUGUGCUGCAGCAGACGGUGGAGAGGAUCCAUGUGGGUAAGAAAUACGGAGACCUCCCCAGAGGAAUCUUCAUCGUCAGGGGAGAGAACGUUGUUCUCCUGGGGGAGAUUGACCUGGAGAAGGAGUGUGAAACCAGUCUACAGCAGGUGUGUAUCGAGGACAUUUUGGAAGAGCAGCGGUUGCAGCAGCACACCAGGCUGGAGGCAGAAAAGGCAAAACAUCUGGCCCUGAAGGAGAGAGGACUAGCCAUGCCCCGAACCGACAUCAUGGAUGAAUACUGAGUACACAACGAAUACUGACUUGUAUAAGCAGAUAAACACACACACACACACACAAACUGACUUCAUGAAGUAGUACUGACCACACACACAGAUAAUGGUCUUAGCGUGCUAUCCUACUUUACCUUUGAGAGGACAAGGCAGCUUAUUUCACAAUAAUUGCUUAAUGAUUUGUUUUUUGUGACGGUAUUGUGAUGACACUGACAAAUGUACAGUAUAUUGUUUGAACCAUUGUUUUAGUAGGUUUGUGAGUAAUGUGAACAGCCUUUUGAAUUGUUAAAAAUGACAAUUGAAAGUUGUGCUAGAAUAUAAACUCCUUGGUUGUACAAGUUUGCACUUUAUUUUCUAUUUUUGUGUUUUUGUGUUUACAUUUUUUUUUUAUAAGUGUGUUAUAAUUGUUUCAGUUUGUAAAUGCACUUGAAAUUUUCCACUUGAUCUAUACUGACCUAGUUGUAUUUAAGUUUUGUUGGUGGAUUUGUUGGGAUAGUUAGUCCUAGUAACUAGUGUAGCUACAUCGGAACAUCCUGUUGGAACAGUUCAAAAUCUGACCAGUAGAGGAAGUGCUUACACCACUUCUGCCAUACUUUUAUUAUCAGGUGCUUUUUCAUUAAAGCAAUUUGCAACUAAAAUUGUACAUUCUGUUUGAUUGCACAUGUUGUCUGAUUAAACUUUUGCUUGAUUAUGA